GUUUUGGAACAGGCCGACCGCCAGCAGGCCUGGCUACGGAGAGGAGGCUGCGAUCGGCUCACAUCCAGGGCAGUUGCUCUGGCUACCACAUCUCUCGGCGCCUCUCCCUGCUGCUCGGCUUGUGCUCGGCGGGCACCUGCAACCAACUGACAUACACGGAAGCGAUUUCCUCACAUUCACAUCCAAUAUGAUGUAGCUCGAGGCCUGGCACGGACGGACGGACGCGCCUGGUCGAGGAAGCCGCCGAUCUGCCCGCAGCCAGCCGGACGCACGAUGGCCAGCCAGGCGGUCGCGCCGCUGCUCUCCAGGAUCAAAGACGGGCCCCGCCGGGCCCCUCUGCACUCACGGCCCGGCCCCUGCUGCUGACCUGAUCUACCUUUGGACUAUCCUGAACGAAUCGGUGCGGUUUUUAAUACAUCGCCGGCACAAAUAAUUUUGAAUUUGCUCGGAGAAAAUAAUUAUAUGUUUUGUGCGUGUUGAUUUUUUUUUCUAUAAAUUUUGCGGUGCGUGUGACAGUGACUUAGAACCAUGGUGGACCUAGGUGGAUACGUUAUCAUUUUGGUCGAGACCAAGGAUAAGAAGAUCAAAUUAUACGGUUCUCCGGCCGACAAAGCGGACCUGGAGGUUGGUGAUGAGAUACUGGAGGUGAACGGCAGAUCGCUGGAAGACGAGUCGCACACCGAAGUCAUCUCGCACAUCCACCAGUGCAUUCGCUCACGCACCAUCUGUUUGCGGGUCAAGCGGAGGAGCGGAAACAGACUGGCACUCGAUCUCGCCCAGAACAGCAAUGUGCAGGAUGCGUUCGUCAUCGCCGUGGAACAGCAGGCCCGGGAGAGGCUCGAGAGGCUCUCGGCCCUCAAGCGCAUCAAGCCUGUGGAUAUGACCAAACUCUCUCAACAGCUGAAUCAAAUUCCGACCACCUCGAGUCAGCAAGAACUGAACGGCUUCAUCGAGAGCAGUCCGAUCUACGUGACCUCUCUGCCGCAGCAGCAAAACACCUCGAUCGCGCCGUCCGACCCGGAGAGCGCGACCUGCACGGCCAAAGUCAACGGCCACCAUCUGGUCAGCGAGGAUUCGCGUGGCGAGGAGAUCGAGUUGAAGCAGGAGCUCGGAGGCACCUCGACCCCGAGGUCAGUGUCGCGCAGCCCCUACCACAACGGCCGCACCGAGAAGCUCAUCGGCUCGCAAGAUGUCUCGCCCACCCCGUCCUGUGACCUGAACAAGGUGCGCACCACCGCCAUCGUCGAGAGAACCAGUGUCAACAGGUCACCCAUCCCAGACACCGCAAGAAGGAGAAGCGUGACGGAGCAGCAGCAGGCGAGCCAGGAAGAGUCUUUCGCGGCGCGGCAGGCCCUGCAGGCGCAGACCAUAAUGAUGAACAUGGUGGCCGAGUACGAGCUCGAGUUGCAGCAGCACGGCGGGCCGCACCGCGAGAUGGCCGUCGACGUGCCGGACACGUUCAUCGCGCGCACCAAAACGCCGCCCCGCUAUCCGCCCCCGAAGCACCUGCAAGCGCCCAACACGAACGGCACGGCCGCCCCCGCCGCCUCCGCGGUCCCCGGCAAGCCGGUGCCGCCGCCGCGGGACCACCUUCGAAUCGAGAAGGACGGCCGCCUGGUGAACCGCGCGCCCCCGCCUCAAGUGCCCGCCAGAGCUGUGCCUGUUCCGCCUCCAGUGAUUGCCGCCUCCGCCGCCGAGCACAAUUCCUCGGACAGAACACCAACGAGAGAGCAGAUGGAGAGCAUUCGCAAGUACCAGGAGGACCUGAGGAGAAGAAAAGAAAAUGAGGACCGCGUUGCACAAGAAAAAGAGUUCCUUCGCUCGUCUAUGCGCGACUCGCGAAAGCUGCAAGCGCUCGAGAGUCGACCCCCACCCAAGCUGCCUUCUGGAAUUGUCAAUGACGGCUACUCGUCCACCGAGGACAAUGACGGAGUGGUCGCCACCACAGACAUCACCUCUGACUCAUUGCAUAAGAUCGUCACUUUCAGCGAACUUGCAGCCGCAUUGCAAAGGUUAGGCGCCCUUCUGCGCAAGCAUGGUCGCGGCAUGGAGGCGCAGGUGGCGGCGGUGCAGACGCUGCUGCUGAGCGCCGAGUUCGGCCGCGCGCUCGCCCUCCACAACAAGGUCUGCGCCACCCACAAAACCCCAACGCCUUUGCCCACACCCACCUGUGCUGAUUCGCAAACCGUCGUUAGAGAUUGUUUGGAAGCACUCCAGCCGUGCGCAGCCCCGGGCGCGGCUGAGCUCGCCGAGAUCCUGACCAGAUACGAGCUGGAAGGACUUCUGACUGCCCACGACAUUCUAGCCAAGCGCCUGCCAGGUCCAACGCCACCCCGGAUGCCUUCGCCGCCAGCAGAGGAAACCAUCCCUGUAGCUCCACCCUACACAGACGACAAUAUAAAAAUUGUAAAAAUCGAGAAAACCAACGAACCUUUAGGUGCUACGGUGAGAAACGAAGGCGACUCGGUAGUGAUCGGCAGGAUCGUCAAAGGCGGUGCUGCGGAGAAAAGCGGACUGCUGAGGGAGGGCGACGAGGUGCUCGAGGUCAACGGCGUCGAAAUGAGGGGCAAGUCUGUCAACGAGGUGUGCGACCUUUUGGCCAGUAUGACUGGCACGCUCACCUUCCUAGUAGUGCCUAACAGAGAACCAAGAGCCCCUCAGCCGCCGGCAAGAGAAACUCUGUUGCACAUGAAGGCUCACUUUGACUACGACCCUGAGGACGAUCCCUACAUUCCGUGCAGGGAGCUCGGAAUCAGCUUCCAGAAGGGUGACAUUCUGCACAUCAUUAGCCAGGAAGAUCCUAACUGGUGGCAGGCCUACAGAGAAGGAGAGGAGGACCAGACCCUGGCCGGUUUGGUGCCAAGCAGAGCCUUCCAACAUCAAAGGGAGGCAAUGAAGCAGAACAUCAUCGAGGACAAGGGAACCAAGGACAAAAACAAAAAGGGCGGGACUUUGUUAUGUGCCAAAAAGAACACAAAGAAGAAAAAGAAGAAAAUGCCCUAUAGUGCGAAUUACAAUGAUGGUGGGUACUUGUUGUACAGUACCAAUACCAAUGACGAUUAUGAGGCAGACGAGAUUCUAACCUACGAAGACGUAGCGCUCUAUUAUCCUAAAGCAAACCACAAACGGCCUAUUGUCUUGAUCGGACCUCCAAACAUUGGGCGGCACGAGUUGAGGCAGAGACUUAUGGAGGAUUCUGAGCGGUUUGCUGCAGCCAUUCCCCACACAAGCAGGCCGAAGAAGGACGGCGAGGCGGACGGCCAGGACUACCACUUCAUCAGCAGGGCGCAAUUUGAGGCGGACAUCGUGUCGAGGAAAUUUGUGGAGCACGGCGAGUACGAGCGCGCCUACUACGGCACAAGUCUCGAGGCCAUCAGAGGCGUCGUCAGCUCGAGCAAGAUCUGCGUCCUCAAUUUACAUCCCCAGUCCUUGAAGAUCUUGCGGACGUCCGACUUGAAGCCGUACGUCGUGUUCGUGGCGCCGCCGUCACUUGAGAAGCUCAGGCAGAAGAAACUGCGCAAUGGGGAGACGUUUAGAGAGGAGGAGUUGAAGGAGAUAAUUGAAAAGGCGCGUGAGAUGGAGGACCGGUACGGCCACUUCUUCGACAUGGUCAUCAUCAACAAUGACACCGAGCGGGCGUAUCAGCAGCUUCUCAACGAGAUCAACGAGCUGGAGCGUGAACCCCAGUGGGUACCUGCAACCUGGGUCAAGGCUGUGUAAACUGUAUAAAAAAAAGACAAAAACUACUACAAAACACUCAAACCCCCCAAAAGUGGACUUCUUUUUGCAAAAGGAAAGGGCGCUGCCCGUCAGUGCUACGGGUCUUGAAUGACAAGAAGAAGAAGAAGUGCGUGCGCCGCUCGAAGAAAAUUUAAGGAGCAAACAAGGUUUUUCACUAAGAGUAAAAAUCAGUUGUAUGUUACAAACUUGAUGAUGAGGCGAUUUAUUAGCAGUGAAUGUUGUGAUAUUUUCAAGAACAUCAAAUAUUCCAAGAGUCACGUACGGGAAAAGAAACAUGUAAAAUGUAAAUGUACUUUAUCAACAAAAUCUAGGUUCAUUUGCCGCCAACAACUCUCAGUGAAAGCAAAAAAAAGUAGAGAGCCAAACACAAAUUAAUUCCAAAACUGCCAUCGGCCAAAUUUUUAUUCCACGGACUAUAUCGAUCGUCGUUUAAAUAUGAUAAAAAUUAUAUAUACGAAAAAUUUCAAACUCUCAAUGACGUAUCAAACUUGAACUAAAACUUAUAGGGUGGCUCCUCUUUUUUCAGUGGGCCCGAAAGCCUUCUAUAAAAGUAAAUUUGCACAUUAUUACUCGAACUACUAAAAUUAAAACAAAAAAGCCACCCGGAGAAAGAGACGGUCAUUUUUCACAGUGACGCCGAGACAAAGCAAGAACAUUAUUAAAACCUGCUCUGUGUUCAAAUGAAUCCACUUGAGAAAAAAACCUAAUAAAAAUCGUCGACGGGAAAAAUAAGGUGAACGUGGGACGCAGAACACACUCUACGGUAGACUUAACUGAAAACUUGUCCAACUUCCACUCUGUAACGAUAUAUUAUACAUACGCAAGGAAACUAACGUGUACAUUUCUCUAUUUUUUAUGAGGCCAAAAUAAUAUCAUGUUUUUGAUAUAGACGAGCGCUGUUUAGCCAGACACACACGUGGAAAUUCUGCACUUUUCUUUACAAGUCGAGCACCUUAAUAUAUAAAAAUGCAAGUCCUUUCAUCGAAUAUUGCCUAGUAAAAAUUAAUUACUCGAAAAUUGAUUGGUAUUUUCCCACUUAAACUGCUGAACACGCUAUGUUUCAUGCGAGUAAAUUUCAAAAUUUGGCAGUCAAGCUUUUUUAAAUUCUGAAUUAAUGAACUGAAAACACAAUGGUAAUCUGAUCUCGUCAAGAUUGCAUCGUUUCUUGUUCUUGUGUUGUCAGAUCUGGGAUACAAUAGCGUCUUCCUAUGCAUAUAUUUGUGUUUUUUUAUUCACACACACAUACACAAAGGAACAAACAAACACACACACUUGUAGUCGAAAGCAUAAAAAAACUACUUGAUGGUUCUAGGAGAAAGAAUGCAAUUUUUGCAAACCAAGAUGAAGUUGAUCGAUGAAGAAGAGUUUUUAAAAACGCAGUGUUAUUGAAUUUUACGGAAAUUCCCUAUCAUGUCAAUUUUAAGUAGAUGAAAGUCAAAUUUCAAGCACGAAGGAGAGUGACUAUCAGACAAGUUGAGAAUCCCAUUCUUAAGAACUUUGAGAGAUCGAAAGAGAGAAAGCAAAGCAAUUUGCUGAUCAAAUGUAUUCGGUUGUCGAUCGUCCCCGUUUUUUUCGCUCGCCGCCAGAAAUUUUCAAAGAAAUCCUUGUUUUUCGUUUUAAUUAAUCGUGUCUCGUCUCAGGUGUCGUUUAUUUCCGAUAGAGUUGACUCUUUUUUUAUAGCAGCAGCGUUACAUUUUUUGAUAGGGUGCAUACAUAUUAUGUAAAAUAUAUAUAAUUUUUGUCCAAAGCGAAAAAAAAAUGUAAUGAAAAAAGGUCUCUCCGCAAAACCACCUUGAAAAAUAGCCGCGAGAGCGAUACGUGCUUCUGUUUCAAUGAAAAAGUUUCCAGAAAUAAUUAAUAACAUAAUGUGAGUGUCUCUCUGCUGAUCAAAAACGAAAAUUAGCCAUUUAUUGCCAAUCGUUUGAUAAAAAUAAAUAAAUCCGUUCUUGAUUCCCUAGCCAAUAAAAACUUGCAGCAUUUAUAUCUCUGAAAAAGAAGAACAAAAAGAAAGAAAGAAAACCUUGAAAAAAAAUAUAUGAAUUUUCGCAAUGUCCGAUGAUAAUAAAUUUAUGUGUGUGUUUCUCGCGUAAUUAAACAGAUUGACUUAUUAAUUAUUCAUCAUAAUUAUAUAUCGAUUUACAUGUGUACGGAUAGCGAUUUUCAUCAUCCAACGGUUAUUUUCCAAAAUACAAACUAUAUGAUAAUUAAAUUAUAUAAAGGUGAAACAAGAGGGGAAUUUUGCAAUUGAUAUUAUAACGUGUCUGUGAGUGUUGGAAAAUUACUUAAAACGACAGAAAAAGCUAAAAAAUCAAACUUGUUAAAAAGGAAACUAUUAAAAACCACUAGCAUGAAAUACGAGAGAAUUUGACAGGUUGACCCGUGACCCUUGACCUAGCUCAACGCGUGCCCCCAGAAAAAUAUGUUUUGUUUCUGCCAAGUGUUCCAUUCCGAAGAAUAAUGACUACAAAUUUAACUGGUGCUGUUAUAAUUUAAAUUAAUUAAAACGUACCGCGACGACUCUAUUUAUAUAAUAGUUAAAUGAAAAACGAUCAGGUUAAUAAUAAUAAUGUGAAGAGCAGAUUUGCGUUCGAUGUAAACAUGUUAAGCUGGUCACUGGCAAUGAACUAAAAACCCCAAAUGUGCGUCCCUCAAUUAACAGGGUGCACCGUUUCAACAACUAAAAUAACUGCCAGGUUAUAUAAAAACAUUAUUAUUUUAUUCCAACUUAAUGGUGUUUCCGUCAGAUAAAAUUAUUUUUGGUUCGGCUUUCGCGCUCUGCUUUCAUUUUCGUGCAGUACGUACAUUUAUAAAAACGCAGUAUGUAAAACACAAAAACAUGUCCAUUUAGUUUUUAAGACGCAUUGCGAUGAUUGUUAUUUAUGAUUAUUAAUUAAUAUAUUGCCGCGAUUAUAUUGAAAUCUUGUUGUCGUGUUUAUUGAAGGUAUUUUUAAAAGAAACAAAAAUCGAACCUGCUCAAAAUUUAGUACCAAUGUAAGUUAUUAAAAAACGACGAUGAUGAU